CGUUUUAGUAAGUGGUCGGGCCGUGCGCUCUGGUCCAGCCUCUCUUUUUCCUCCCCAUCGAUGUAACCGGGAUGCGGCUGGGAGGGGCUGUUUGGGGGAUGUGAUGUGGAUGUUGACGAGGAUAUUGAACUGAACGCCCGGGUCGUCGCCUAUAUGACACCAUGAACCCAGCCUCAAGCGGCGCUGCCGACUCCCGCAGCUUGAACCAGCCAGACAAUAGCAACAGAAAGCAGCAUCAGCAGCGGUCUGCCUCCCCGGCUCGCAGCAAAGACAGCGGCGGAACUAAAGCGACACCCAAAAGCACUACUUCGUCGAAGGGUGUCACGUCGAAGCAGGGAGUAGGAGGGAGAGGCAGCCGCGGCAGUUCCCCGGUCUCAACCGCCACCGGCAAAGACAGACAGUCUUCCUCCAAAGGCGCGGCAGGCGCGGCAGCCGCUGUCCACUCCGGCGGUGCUGACAACCCAUUGAACCGGUCGGCUGCGGCUGCGAGCCACAGAGGGGUGGGAGAAGAGCGCAAUUAUCAGUCUGAAGACUCACGGUGCACUGACGUAUCGUGCUAUAAGGGAGACACAACUCGCGUUGUUUCCGAUCAGCCGUGUUCAUCGAAAUCCCCUAAAUUAAAAAGCAAAAACCCAAGAGGAGGGGCAGGAGAAGAGACAAGCAGCACAGCCACCGGUAACAAAAAGAACUCCAGCAAGAGCACUGUUGGCUGCGGGCCUGGGUUCUGGAAGGAAGGAUGUUUGCAGUCUGAGCUUAUCCAGUUUCACCUCAAUAAGAGCUUAAAGAAAGGAGGGGAAAAGAUGCAAUCGAAGACGCCUUCUCCACCGGAGCCGGUUAUUGAACCGGCUGAACCCGACGAUCUCUCCCCGGAUGCCAUCGUUAACGAGCCCGAGCCAAUACCGGAGCCAGACCAGCUUAUGCAGGAGGAGAUAGAGAAACUGGAAGAUGAAAAUGACGAGUUAAAGGCUGAAAUAGAGGAGAUGAGAGCGGAGAUGGACGAGAUGAGGGACACGUUCUAUGAAGAGGACGCGUGUCAGCUGCAGGACAUGCGCCGCGAGCUUGAGCGAGCCAAUAAGAACUGCCGGAUCCUCCAGUACCGCCUCAGGAAGGCGGAGAGGAAGAGGAUGAGGUUUGCUCAGACAGGAGAGGUGGAUGGAGAGCUUCUGAGGGCGCUGGAGCAGGACCUAAAGGUAGCGAAGGACGUGUCUGUGCGUCUGCACCAUGAGCUGGAGAACGUGGAGGAGAAAAGGACAAAGACUGAGGAGGAGAACGAGAGGCUGAGACAAAAGCUGAUUGAGGUGGAGGUGACAAAACAGGCCCUGCACAACCAGCUGGAGAAGGCCAAGGAGCUGUCACUGAAGAGAAGAGGUGGCAAGGAUGUCCAGAAAGAGAAAAGGAUUCCACAGACGCCAAUAGAAGAGGAAAACGAGGAUCUGAAGUGCCAACUGGCCUUCAUCAAAGAGGAAGCCGUCCUCAUGAGGAAAAAGAUGGCAAAGAUUGACAAGGAAAAGGACCGCCUGGAACAAGAGCUCCAGAAGUACCGGUCCUUCUACGGGGACGUAGACAGCCCCCUCCCCAAGGGCGAGGCCGGGGGACCAGCCACGACCCGCGAGUCGGAGCUGAAGCUGAGGCUUCGUCUGGUGGAGGAGGAGGCCAACAUCCUGGGGAGGAAGAUUGUGGAGCUGGAGGUCGAAAACAGAGGACUGAAGGCUGAACUGGAGGACAUGAGAGACAGAGAGGAGGUGUCCGGUGGUUUGUCGGAGCACGGCUGCAGCCGGGAGCAGGGGGAGGAGCUCAGAGAACUCCGGCAGCAGCUGCAGCUGGUGGAGGACGAGGCGGAGCUGCUCAGGAGGAACCUGCAAGACGUGGAAGAGGAUAACAAGAAGGUGACAGGGGAGCUGAACAAGCUGAAGUACAAGGAGGGCUCCCGGCAUGGUGCUGGCAAUACUGGUGGAGGAGGUGGAGGUGGGGUGGCUGCAGACGGGGCCAAAGUGGAGGUGUUACAGGAAGAACUGAAGGUUGCCAGGCUGCAGAUCAACGAACUCAGUGGCAAGGUGAUGCAGCUUCAGUAUGAGAACCGUGUCCUGCUGUCUAACAUGCAGCGCUAUGACCUGGCAUCACACCUGGGCAUCAGGGCCAGCCCUCGGGACAGCGACGCCGAGAGCGACGGCGGCGACGACGCCUCCACCUCGUCGCGUCUUCCGCCCCAUCGGAAACGAGAAGGCCCCAUCGGAGGGGAGAGCGACUCGGACGAGGUCCGUAACAUCCGCUGCCUCACCCCCACUCGCUCACUGUGCCCCCCGGAGACCCGCUUCCUGUCGCGCAGCCUGAAGGGCCGGCAGCAGAUGAUGGACAUCCGCAUCGAGGCCGAGCGGCUGGGCCGGACCGUCGACCGCCUGAUAGCGGACACCAGUACCAUCAUCGCCGAGGCCCGGGUCUACGCGGUCUCCGGCGGGGAGCUGUACGUGGAGGAGGGGAGCGCUAUCAGGGAGCACGAGCUUCUGUACAGGAUCAAUGCUCAGAUGAAGGCCUUCAGGAAGGAGCUGCAGGGGUUUAUAGACAGGCUGGAUGUCCCCAAGCCCGAGGACAAGGAGGAGGAACCACUGUCUAUGUUCCAACCCAUCAUCCUGCUGAUCCUCAUCCUCGUCUUGUUCUCCUCGCUCUCCUACGCCACCAUAUUCAAACUCGUCUUCCUCUUCACACUCUUCUUCGUCCUAUUUUCACUACAAAGCCCGAGCUAUUCAGGUCACCUGCUAGGUUUGCAUUCGGGAGGAGGCGGCGGCGGGUACGUGCCAGCUCAGGGCUGGGAAUUCGUUCCGUGCUCCGGGCUUGAGAGAGAGAGGGGCAGAGGGAAGAGUCGAAGCCCGCUCAGGACUCUCUCUUCCCCGCCCACCACCACUCAGUUCUACGAACAUUCUCAUUCUGGAAUUGUUGGAACAGUUGGAACACCAGCGGAGGCUCCUCGGGGACAGGUUCGAGCCCACGAGCCAGGAACUCAUCACUCGCGCCUAAAAAAGAAGUUUGACGACUUAAAGAAACGCCACGAGCAGGACAAGGAGCAGUGGAUGCAAGAGAAAGAGAUCCUUUUAAGACAAGUUGCUGAGAUACAAGGUGGCGAGAACAGACGGAUCUUGUUGGAUCUGAAAACUGUAGUAGACGAGGUUCAGGUCGAGGUUAAGAGAGAAGAGUCAAAAAGGAGUGAACUACAGCUCCAGUACACCAAGGACAGGUGUGCAUGGGAGCUGGAGAGAGCUGAACUGAAAUGCCGAAUCGCACAGCUGGAGGCUAGAGGAGGUGGUUCUGUUGUGGAGGUGGGCCUGCAGACUCAGAGCUCAGAGCCCAGGGAGAGCACUCUGGAGCAGGGGGACCGGGAGCAGCAGAGGAGACUUCUGGCCGACACCCACACGGCCGCCAUGGACCUGCGCUGCCGCCUGGAGCACAACGAGAGGGGCUGGGUCCGGGAGAAGAAUGAGCUGCUGGAGAGAUUCGACUUGGAGCGGAAAGAGUGGGAGAGUCAGCUGAAGGACAUGAGGAGGAAGAUAGAGGAGGUGAGAUGGCUGUACAAGGAGGUGAGGGUGAAGAUGGGGCAUGAGGGAGUGGGCGGCGCAACAAGACCUAUGGGAGAAAUUACUGAGGAGGUCACCCUGAGUGUCAGUGUACAUUCCAACAGCACAGGAUCCAGCAUGCUUAGCGAACGCUCGACCUGCGGCCCCAACAGCAGCAGUAGCAGCAGCCAGUCAGAGCCGUCCAACCACAAACACUCUCUCCGCCAUCAUCAGGAGAACAGGAGUGACCUUACCACCGCCCAGGGCAUCCGCAAGGAUCACCUUGACAACGGACGGGAGCCAUGCAACUAUGAAGGCUAUGUCCGUAGCCAGGAAGUAGACAUGGACGAACUGGAGGCCAUCCUCAGAGGUGUGAUGGGGCGAGGAUUUGACCGAGACGCUCCCUCUGAAGUGAGUGAGGAUAAUGUCCGCCACAAGCAUCUCACUGGAGCUGGUGGCGAACUAACUCAGAACACAGACUUGAUAUACAGGACAGGGAUGGACAUGAAGAACGCCAGAGACCUGAACGCUGCCUUGAAGGAAAUAGCUCGCGUCAGUGAGGAGCUGUGUAGUUACCAGGACAACAUCAGGAGGAGAUCAGGAGGAGACAAGAGACCUAGGAUUCAGACAGAGUCAGUGCACUACCCCGAGGUGGACCAUGUGAAGAUCCAAGGGAGACUGGAGGACCCUGGGUUUGAACUGACCCAGCUGGCAAGAGACCUCCAGGGCCUGGGAGAAGACUGUUGGAUGUUGGCUGAUGACCCUACCAAGGGUCACCGCGGUCCCCCCAGGGUCCCCCCUCCGCCGACACCCCCCCCUGUCCCACCUCGGACAACCUCCUGGUACCUGCCCAGCCCCUCUCCUCCAACUCACGACCACGACCUACAACAACCACAGUCCUUCAGUGUUUCGGACCAGAGGUGCCACAGCCCAUGUCCUCUGGACAGGAAGUGCCACAGCCCAUGUCUUCUGGACAGGAAGUGUGCCAGCAGCCCGUCCAUAGUGAGGAAGUUUGAAGUGAUGCUUCAGGAGAACGAGGGGAAGGUCCUGACGGACGCUGGGUUUGCAUCCUGCGCUGUGCCCACUAACUCCCACUGCAACGUUGGCUGCUGUCACAGCCGCUGGUCCUGUGCCGGGAGCCACACUGGGAGCAGCAAGUCGUCCACCUACGUGCCUGUCCAGAAGAGCCUUUCUGAAGUCAACAUAGUGAGCGCCGCCGGUCGAGACCUCAGCCACGACCGCAGGCCUGGUGAGAAGUCUGGGGGCCCAAAAGACCCGACGGUUUCAGACGUGUUUGCCGGGGUGACUUUAGCGUCGCCCUCUGCCGUCUCCAGCUCUCCAAGCCACAGUCAGAAUAAGACGCUGGAGGAGGCCACUGCUGAGUUCAACAGGACCCUCUUCCAGGCAGAGAUGGGCCGAGGGAUGGAGGAGGAGGAGGAGGAGGAGGGGUGCGACAACCAUGACAGUCUUACGUCAGCGGGCGUCCCCACAUGGGGUCAGACGGUGCGUGGUAAGGUCACACACGGGGUCACCGGAGAGAAGAACCUCCCAUCACGGCACGCUACAAAGGUCAAACAGGGGUCACCCAGUUCAGUGGUCAAACUGAGCCAGGCCCCGUCUCUGCACGAUACCAAACCAGGGGUUGGCGGCAGGACUUUUGACCCUACUGCCAGCCCUGACCUUGCACCUCAACAACCACGGGUUCAGUUCAAAAACAUGCCCACAUGCUGCCCUGAGAACAAGCACAAACAUGGAAACCCAAACUGCCCCUCUAAGCCAGCGCUGUGCAGGUCCCUAUCUAGUGAGUACAUGCCUGCCCCGACUCAGACACAAACACACCAAAUCCCGUCCAUGACCUUCACACGGUCAGUCUCUAGUGAGUGCAUGCCUGCCCCGGUACGCCCUCAGACUCAGGCAGGGAAGACCCCCGCACCCGAGGUGACAGACAUUCCUAAGCAAAACUACAAGGCUCCAGGAGAGAGGCCUCACUCCGUCAAGUCGUCCCCGGCUCCGCAGCCUCCUACGGACGCCAGGCAUGGAGGGCAGGCCAGGCUCCGCCGCGCCACGUCGCCGGACACUCAUAAACACGGAGCUGGCGGACUGCGUGUGCCAGGUGUCAUGAACGAGCAGCCAUGGAAGCCCCUGACCCUGGCUGCCCUGCGGCCGGCGGACUCUAGGUCCAACUACGGAGCCGUGGAGAGAAUCCUCAAGAGCUUUGAGAGUGCCGUCUGGAGCCAGUAUCAGCCCUUCGGCCACCCGGGCCCUAACCCAGGAACUAGCCCCGAGCCCGGCCCUAACCCGGGAACUAGCCCUGACCCUGACGUUAACCCUGGGUCGCACCCUGGCCCAAGCCACGGUGCUACCUCCGGUCUUAGUCCUAGCCCACGCCAGGAGGAGGACGUCGUGGACCCCCUGGGGGUGGUGACGGACGGGAAUGCCGUGCGGGCGGCUGCAUCUGCACUGUCAGGCGCGCACUCUCGGUGUUACCUCACCCAGCGGGACAGCUCCAACCGAGGAACCCGGUUGACCCUGCAGGAGUGCAAAGAGUCUUCCAGUUCCUGGUGUGUCCAGAAGAACUUCCCCCGUCCACACCGUCCGGCCAACCGCCGCCUGCCAUCCCGCUGGGCCAGUCGUUCUCCCUCCACCUCCUCCUCCUCAAACUCCUCUUCCACGUGCUCCACCCCCGUCUGGCGCCCGCCCUCCAGCUCCGCCCGUAGACACACCUCCUUCUCAUACUCAGCCUAUCACGCGGAUACAGUGAUCACCUGACUCCCAGCUGACCGCUGCGUCUGAGCCUGUGAGAUGCCUUUGAUGCUUUACGUUCUCUGACAGCCUUUCUCAGCUCAUCCCUACUUGAAUGUCCGCACAGGAGGCCAUCGGCGAACCUUCCUUGUUAAUAAGGUGGGGGAGGACAUGAUGAAGUGGAACCUGAUUCAGCUGCCUUCUCAUCCACCUCUGGCAUCACCUUUCUACAUACCAAGCCAAGACUGUCGUUUCUACUGCCCAUCAGACUAUCAAGUGCUUUUGCUGUGGACAGCCCUUUGUUGAGUAGCUUAGGUCACCACUCAGCUCUAGAAUGUAUCUCAUCAACCGGGCGAGGCCACUUUGCUGAAGAUUAUUCUCCACAUUCUACUAUAGACUCUACUAUAGACUCUACUAUAGAUACUCCUGUGUUGACUGUACCUAUGUGACUUGAGCUUGUGUCCCAAAUGGCACCCUAUCUAGGAAAUAGACUGCCAUUUCGGGCCCGAACACAUCUUAUACUCAACCCCAUUUACUUUACAUAAUCAACUCACUUAAAUGUACAUGUUGUAUAACAAUUACAGUAGUACAGAAUAAUGUAUGUUAUUCUUUACCUAAUAAUAUCACCUAUCUGCUGGAUUACAUCUUGUCCUGUUUCUUGAUACUUACCAGUUGUUGUCUACAACUUGAAAAGGACUGACAAGUUUCUACGAUAUCUUUUGAAUAUUAAUCGCUGCCUGUUGUCAAGCAGAUAGCUAGCUAGCUUUGCUUGUUAGCUGUCCCUAUUAGUGGGGCAAUGCUUGAAGGGCAAUUCUGCAGUUUGAAGAAUUACUGCUUACCGGUUGAAGACAGUCCCUUUAAAGUAUUUGUUUCUUUUUAACAUGAAUGAAUGGACAAGAACUCCCCUUUUCUAGUUUUAUUAACUGUAAGCAAUGAUGAACUAACUAUGUGAUCCUGAUAGUGCUACAGUCUGUUCAGAUAGUUUGGCGGUAUGUUGAAUAGUACUAUGUUCUGUUGAAUAGUACUACAGUCAGUUCAAUAGUACUGCAGUAUGUUGAAUAGUGCUGCAGUCUUUUGAAUAGUACUGCAUUCGGUUGAAGAGUACUACAGAAAGCUGAAAACUACUGCAGAGUCUGUUGAAAGUGGUGAGUGAUGUACUGAAACAUAUCAAUAUCAUGAAAGUGAUGCCUUUGCUGUUCUUAAUUUUUGUGUAAUAAAUGUAACCACAUACAGUGUUUAUUUCA